AUCCUCACCUGCUAGAUCGUCCCAGCCGGCAGACCAUAAUCAACAAAGUGCGACUGCAAUUAGUACUGGCGCGUCAAGAGAAGAAAGAAUUUUAUUGGUGGAUCCUAAGCCUAAGAAAGGAAAUGUUUCUCAAUUCUUUGAUGUAGUAGAGAAGUUGAUAGUCAAGCUCAUGCAUGAUUCAGCACAGCCUAGCCAAUACUUGUCUGGGCUUUUUGAACCGUUGAGUGAAGAAACCCCGCCUCAAACAAAUCUCAUUGUUAAAGGAUACCUUCCGGAAGGAUUGAACGGAGAGUUGCUAAUGAUUGGUCCAAAUCCUAAGUUUAUGCCUGUGGCUGGCUAUCACUGGUACGACGGAGACGGAAUGGUUCAUGGGCUGCGCAUUAAAGAUGGAAAAGCAACAUAUGUUUCACGCUAUGUAAGGACAUCUCGUCUUAAACAGGAAGAAUACUUUGGUGAAGCGAAAUUUCUUAAGAUUGGAGAUCUUGAGGGACCAUUUGGAUUGUUCACGGGUAGCAUGCAUUUUCUUCGAUCCAUAUUUAAAGUAUUGGAUGUUUCAUAUGGAUGGGGAACAAGUAAUACUAAUCUCACAUAUCACCAUGGAGAGCUUUUGGCUCUCGGAGAAAAUGAUAAGCCUUAUGUUCUAAGUAUUUUGGAAGACGGAGAUUUGCAGACGGUUGGAAUGCUAGAUUAUGGCAGACGAUUAGAACAUCCCUUUAGUGCACAUCCAAAGAUUGAUUCGUUUACUGGCGAGAUGUUUACCUUUGGGUGUCAACUCACACCACCUUAUUGUACAUAUCGGGUCAUUUCUAAAGAUGGUUUCAUGCAUGAUUCUGUGUCAAUUACAUUAUCAGAGCCUACCAUGAUGCAUGACUUUGCCAUUACGAAAAACUUCGCGAUUUUCAUGGAUUUACCUCUGAAAUUUCGACCAAAGAAUUUGGUGACACGAGAGCAAUUUCUCGCAUUCGAUGCAACUAAGAAAGCUCGCUUUGGUAUUCUUCCUCGAUAUUCUACCGAUGAAAAUAAUAUGAGAUGGUUCGAACUUCCUAACUGUUUUAUAUUCCAUACCGCCAAUGCAUGGGAGGACGGUGACCAAGUAGUUCUGAUUACUUGUCGCCUUGAGAAUACAAAUUCGAUGAGCAUCGCCUACUUAAUUGCAAACCCGUUCGACUACAAAAGCGAAUUGUAUGAGAUGAGAUUCAACAUGAAAAAUGGUUUAGCUUCACAGAAAAAACUGUCAGUAUCUUCUGUAGAAUUUCCCCGGGUUAAUGACAUUUACAUUGGCAGGAAACAAAGGUUUGUGUAUACUACUAUGAUUGGUAAACGGGGAGGGAUCAUUAAGUUUGAUAUGCAUGCUGAACCAUUAUUGGAAAGGCAAAAUUUUGAGGUAGGGGGAAAUAUUGAAGGUAUCUUUAACUUGGAACCUGGAAAGUUUUGUGGCGACACCGUAUUUGUUUCUCGUGAGCCAGGAGUAACAUCUGAAGAAGAUGAUGGAUAUUUAAUAUUCUUCGUAUAUGAUGAGAACACUGGAAAAUCUGUAGUGAAUCUAAUUGAUGCCAAAACAAUGUCAUCCGAUCCGGUUGCAGUUGUAGAGCUACCCCACGUUCCCUUCGGAUUUCAUUCAUUCUUUGCAACAGAGGAGCAACUCCAGGCACAAAGUUUUGAACCUGAAAUACUCCAGGGAUAA